UGGGUACAUACCUACUUACCUAUUCUAUUUGAUUUCUAUUUAGAAUUUUCUUAUGUAGACAGUAGAAAUAAAUGAUAUUAAAUAUUAUUAACAAGUUUAUGUGAAUUAAAUUAAAAAGUAAUGAAUUAAUAUGUCACUUGCUAUUCGAAAAUGUUCUUCGGAUUUACUAUCCAUUACGAAAUGGGUAGUUAGAAGAGAAUAUCGUCUUCUUUCAACUCUGCCAGAAAAUAUAGAACCAGCUAAUACAGAUGUAGAUGAAAAAGCGCCGCGAACUGGACGCAGACCUCGGUUACAAAAUCCAGUACUCGAAUAUAGGCAUAUAUAUCCUGAGUUUUUGCCAGAUCCGAAUCCAAAAUGGAGAAACAGCCUUCGAGAAAAAUUAGAAAGAGCUGAUAUGCUUAAAAGAAGAGCUAAAAUUGACAUACCGGAAUUUUACGUUGGAUCUAUCCUGGCUGUUACUGUAUCAGAUCCUCAUGCACAGGGCAAGACAAACAGAUUUGUUGGAAUAUGUAUUGAUCGUAAAGGGUGCGGCUUACGUGCACAAUUUAUUUUGAGAAAUGUUGUUGAUCACCAAGGUGUUGAGGUGAGAUAUGAUCUGUAUGAUCCCAUAAUACAGUCAAUACAAGUACUGCGCUUAGAGAAGCGCCUUGAUGACAAGCUGUUUUAUUUAAGAGAUGCACUUCCUGAAUACAGCACUUUUCCAUUUGAUAUGGAUCCUGAGGUUUUACCUGAUGGCACACCAGUGCCAAUAAAUGAUGUCCAGGUAAAGCUGAAACCAAGGCCCUGGUUGGAAAGGUGGGAGAGGCAGGAACUCAAGGGUGUAUCAAACAUUGAAGAACAUCUGAAGGAGAAGGACAGAAAAAGAAGGGAAUUAAGAAAAGAACCAUGGGAAAAAUAUGAUCUCAUGAAACAAUAUAGGAGAACAAUACCAAUAGAAGAGCAGAGUGAAAUCUGGGGUGAAGUAUACAAUCAACUCCAACAAAUGCAUGUGUCACGCAGAAAAGUUGCUAGAAAACGUGUACUUGCCACUCCAAAGCCUCAGCUAGGAUAAAAUAUAAUAUACGAUAUGUGAAAUAAUUAAUGCUUUGUAGAUCAAUAAAUAAUUAGAAAACAGUAACAAAGGAA